UGAAGUUCUUCAUUCUUAACAUUAAAAAAGGGGUCCAAUGAACUCAUAAAUAUGAGUUCAAGAAGUUUGACAAAGACUCCAACGACAGAUUCGUUAGGAUCACCGCUAGAUGUUGAUCCUUAUUGCAUUCCGGAUUACAUGAUAGGGGAAGAAAUCGGACAUGGUUCUUUCGGUCAGUUAAGAUAUUGCACCAAUCUCAAUACCAAAGAAAUACUUGCUGUUAAACUUGAACCUUAUAACGCAGAAAUACCGCAACUGUAUCGCGAAUACAAACUCUAUCUCUCGUUUCAUGAUAACCCUUCACUCGGCAAAAUUGUAGGGUUUCCUGUGUCAUAUUACUACGGGGAGUUAGAGGAAAAAUAUCGAGCUCUAGUAAUGGAUCUCUUAGGACCAAACUUGCACAAUCUAUUCCUGCUGUGCAACAAAGAAUUCUCAUUAAAAACUGUUUUACUCAUUGCACUUCAACUGCUGAGACGAUUGCAAUUUCUACAUUCCAAAAAAUUUCUGUAUCGCGACGUUAAACCUCAAAAUUUUUUGAUAGGUAGGCGAAAUAAUCGUACCGAAGAUAUUAUUUUCAUAGUUGAUUUUGGAUUAUCCAAGGAAUACAUCGACGAUAAAGGAAUUCAUAUACCUUAUCGGGAAAAGAAAUCUUUGACGGGAACGGCCAGGUAUAUGUCGAUUAGAACCCACGAGGGAGCUGAACAAAGUAGGAGAGACGAUUUGGAAGGUUUAGGUUAUUUGCUCAUAUACUUUUUAAAGGGAGCACUGCCAUGGCAGAACAUCAAAGCCAAAAAGGAUGUAUCCUCUAAAGAGAAAUACAAAAAAAUUGCUGAUUGCAAGAAGAAGACUAGUAUCGACAAACUAUGCGACGGAACUCCCAAAGAAUUCGCUACUUACAUGCGAUACGUGAGAAAACUAGAUUUCGAAGAAAAACCAAAUUACGAUUUUUUGUUAGAUUUAUUUAAAGGCGUCUUAAAAAAAAAUUCAUGGAGCGAAGACGGCUGCUUUGAUUGGAUAACCAAGAGAGAACCUUCCCCCGUACCUUCUAUGAUUUUUACUUAUGCCAACCUGCCGCCCGAUGUCGAAAAUUAUGUGCCCUUACCGAAUUACUCUAACGAUGAUCAAAACGUGUAUUAUGCUGCUAAUAAAUAUGCGAACCCUUACAUUAACCCAUACAGUGGAUAUCCAAUUUGCCAAUAUUACCAAUACUAUCCCGAAUUAUUGAGUUCAACAAAUUCCGUACACGCUGAAGAUCUGACUAAACAAGUUGACAAAUCUAAUAAGCCCUCCGAUUCCAGAUUGGUUGUUCAAGCAAGUAGAAGCGCAACAUUAAAAGACGAUCAGCAUUUUUUGGACAGAUUAAAAAAAUUGUUGUGUAUUAGACAAAGAAAUGCCACCCUUCCAUGCAAGUCUGGUGGUAUUGGUAUCCGAUCCCCCUUACAACUUUCCCUCUCAGCCUUUAUCUCAUCUCGUCUUGCUGGUCAAUCUAUUAUCGACAAUGGAUCUACUCCUUCAGAUACUGACCUCUCGCUGGCCCUCACCUUUUGGAACAACAACUGCUCUCCCACCCUUAGCCGUCCCGCUUCCAGUACCCAAAAAGACUGGGAUGCUCCUCUGAUCGCCCGUUCCGUUGAAUAUCUUAUUUCGAACAGGCCCUUUGAGGAAAAUCCCAAUAAUUUGGUACUAAAUGCAAACUCUGGCUACGAAUGGUUGGAAGCCAUCCCCAGCGCCAAUCUUGGCCUCCUCAUGACUUGCGAACAGCUACGUAUAUCUAUAGCCCUCCGCCUAGGCUGUAAUGUCGUAGUUCCCUCUAUCUGCAUCGACUGUGGUCAGCUCAUUGAAUCGAAGGCUUACCAUCCCUUGCACUGCAAGUUCUCCCGUGGACGACAACCUCGUCAUAAAUCUAUCAAUAACAUUUUACUAGCCGCCCUCAAAAAAGUUAAUAUCCCAUCUACCCUCGAACCAGUAGGUCUUUCAAACGAAUACGCCAUACGCCCGGAUGCUAUUUCUCUCAUACCCUGGUCUAAUGGUCUUCCGCUAACAUGGGAUUACACCUGCGUUGAUUUUGCAGCCAAGUCUAACCUCCCAUUUUCUGCUAUCGAAAAGGCAGAAAUCCUUAAAAAAAAUAAAUACGCUGGCCUCGCCAACACUAUGUUCAUUCCUAUCGUUACCAAUAUCCUAGGCAUGUUUGGAAACGAGGCCCUCAAUUUCAUUAAAAUCAUAGGAAAAAAAUGA